AUGUCGUUACUUCAAGCGCCUCGAAGACAGCUCUUGGAACGCAUCCCUCGAGCUUGCGCGAUCAGUACUGAAUGUCCUUUCCAGCAACGCAUUCAGCACCAACUUCAAUCGCCCUCGACACCCCGACGCCUCUUGUCAACGACUGCCACACGGUCGUAUGCCUCUCGCCGGCGCUCACCAGACAAUGAGACCCUCCAGCGCGUCAAGCGACUGCAAGAGGCCAAGCUAGCAAAGGACCAGUCUCUGCAAGGUAUAGAAAAGGCUGAGAAAAACAAGGAGUUUCAGAAGCGGUACAAGUCGGCGGCGAGGAAGUGGACGGCGUCUAUAAUUGCGCUGCCGAUUUUGCUGGUGACGAGCUACUACUUGUUUGAUCGAUAUGGCUGUCCGAUGAACUUCGGUUCACUCGAUCCACUAGAUGAGAGUCUGAGCGAAGAUGACGGGCCGUGA